AUGAUCCGAUCAAAUUUUUCCAUUCGCACAGUUUCAAUAUUUAUUUUAUUGGCUGCUUUAUGCUCAAAUGUUUCAAGCGUACCAACAAAAAGAUCUUCUUCUGGUUUUGAAAUUCUGGAUUCAGACCGAGAAACUGGCAUAGCUGCUAUGCACAUUGUAGUUACUGCUUCAAAUAAAAUAAUCAUAAUAGACAAAGUUCAAAAUAAUACAUUCCAUUUACCCGACGGUCGUACGGCCAGCUCGGUUGAAUAUGAUUUAGAGACUGGUGACAAACGUUCCUUACCUCUAGUAUCAAAUACUUUUUGUUCUUCGGGUUCGUUCCUUAAAGAUAAUACUUUGCUUAGUACCGGUGGUGCGGAACAAAUUAAG